AUGGAACCCGCCGCGGUGGAGUCUCUACUCGACGAGGAGCUCCCCGCGCACGACGAGAUCACCCGCGGCGUGCUACCGAACGGUCUGCGGUACGUGGUGCUGCCCAACAAGGUGCCGUCGGACAGGUUCGAGGCGCACCUGGAGAUGCACGUGGGGAGCGUUGACGAGCGCGAGGACGAGCAGGGGCUGGCGCACUUGGUGGAGCACGUCACGUUUUUGGGAUCUAAGAAGCGCGACGCGUGGCUCGGCAGCGGCACCCGCGGGAACGCGUACACCGACUUUCACCACACCGUGUUCCACGUGCACUCGCCCACGUACAACAAGGACAGCAUCUACAUGCUUCCCAACGUGCUCGACAUCCUGUACGACGUGGCGUUCAACCCGCAGAUGCUCGAGACUAGGGUCCAGAAGGAGAAGAAGGCGGUGCUGGCGGAGGCGCAGAUGAUGAACACCAUCGAGUACCGCGUCGACUGCCAGCUGCUCCAGCACCUGCACUGGGACAAUAACCUCGGGUGCAGGUUCCCCAUCGGUAAGCUGGACCAGGUGGCGUCCUGGGACGCCUCGAAGGUUCGGGCCUUUCACGAUCGGUGGUACUUCCCCGCCAACGCCACCCUCUACGUCGUCGGCGAUUUUCACGCCGACGUCCCCGGCGUGGUCGAGAUGAUCGAGAAGGCUUUCGGGGACGCGGCACCCGCGGUGGAGAUCGACGAGGCCACCGGCGAGCCCACGUCGGACCCGCCCGUGAUGCGGCAGAGGCACGCGGUGAGGCCCCCGGUCAAGCACGCGUACGGCGAGAGCGGGGUACAGCUGUUUCAGCACGAACACCUGAGCCACGUCAGCUUUAACAUCUUCAGCAAGCUCCCGGUGUUGCCCCUGCGUCACAUGGGCGACCUUCACCGCACGGUGAACCAGCGCAUCGUGCUGCUCGUGCUGCAGAGCCGCAUCCAGAGCCGGUACGCGGAGCUCGACCACGAGCACUACAAGCGGUGCGAGCUGGACCACUCCGACUCGGCGAGGGAGGGUUGCACGGUGUCCACGGUGACGGUGACGUGCGAGCCCCUGCACUGGAAGUACGCGCUGCAGAUUGCCGUGGAGGAGGCGCGACGUCUGCAGCAGUGCGGCUUAACCCCCGGCGAGCUGCAGAGGUUCAAGGGCGCCAUGAUGCGGGACAGCGAGCAGCUCGCGCAGCAGGCCGGGUUCGUCCCCUCGCUCGAGAACCUCGACUUUGUCAUGGAGCACGACGCCCUGGGCCACGUCGUGAUGGACCAGGUGCAGGGCCACGAGGCGCUCGUCCGCCUCGACGACGUCAUCCGACUCGAAGGCGUGAACGAGGUUGCGCGCGAGCUCCUGGGUUUCUUCGCCGAGUACGGCAAGGGCCCGGACGAGAAGGACCCGCUGGGAGGUCUGACCACGGCGAUCGUGGCGUGCGUCCCGAGCACCACCACCGACGCGGAGGGCACCGAGGUUCCGUUUACGAUGACGGAGGAGGAGGUGAAGGAGGUUCUGUCCGCCGACUACGGCGAGAUUGAGGCGAUGGAGGACGUGUACGUGCCCGACGAGCUCCUGUCCGACGAGGAGGUGGCGACGCUCAUGGAGGAGAGGAAGCCCGCGAUCGUGUCAGCCACGAUCGACGAGGCCACCGGCGUGCACCAGCGCGUGCUCUCCAACGGCGUGCGCGUCAACUACCGGGUCACAAACAACGAGCCCGGCAGCGGAUUCCUCCGGCUGGUCAUCCCGGGCGGCAGGACCGCGGAGCCGGUGAGUGCGGGUCCCGGCGGCAUCGGCGCCGCGGCGGUGGGCUUCAGGACCCUCCAGGAGGUUGGAUCCAUCGGCCAGUGGACCCGCAAGCAGGUUGAGCUGAUCACCAUGCAGAACCUGGUGAUGUUCGAGGUUGAACCCGAGGCGGAGUACCUCUUCCUCGACGCCGCGUUCGCCGUCAAGGGCGGCCUGAGGACCACCCUCGAGAUCAUCCACCUGCUCACCUCCCAGCCCGUCUGGGACGGCAACGCGCUGGAGAGGGUCAAGGACAUCUACCGCAUGUUCGAGCUCAACACCCAACGCAACCUCGAGCUCCUCACCCAUGACAAGGUGAACCACGCCGUGUUUGGCGACAGGCGACUGAUGGACCCCAGCCGGGAGGAGCUCUCCAAGCUCACCCUCGACGGCGUCGUCGCCGCGGUGGAGGCGCAGCUGAAGUCCGGGCCCCUCGAGGUCAACAUCGCGGGCGAUUUCGACCCCGCGGAGAUGGACGAGAUGAUUGUCAAGUUCCUCGGCACCGCCGCGCCGGGCGGAGCGCUCACGCCGCAGAUCGACGUCGAGCCCCUCCCGCUCACCCCGCUCACGCUGAAGGAGGUCCCGGCCAAGGAUGAGCAGCGCGCGCAGAGGCUCUGGCUCAGAGACAGCGACGAGCGCGCCUGCGCCGUGCUCGCCGGUCCGGGUCCCAAGAUGUGGGCGCCCAUGCGAAACCCGCCGCUGCCCCCGCCGCCCGAGCCGACUGGCGAGGACGACGACGAGACCCUAACCGCCCAGAACCCCUUCGUCGGUCCGGACGGGGUGCGAUACCACCCCCAGGACCCGGUCAACGCGUCCGCGGCGCUCAAGCAGAACCCGUUCGCCGCGCAGUCCAUUCGCAGGGCCAACCCGCUCGCCACGUUCGUCGCGGGCAUGCUCCUCACCGAGGUCAUCGGCGGUCGCUUGUUCACCACCGUCCGCGACGCCCUGGGCCUCACGUACGACUGCAACUUCCAGCUCGCGUUUGGGCUGCAGAACAGCGACGCCACCACGUACAGGCUCGUGGUGACGUCCACGCCGGCAAAGAUUGACGACGCGCUCGACGCGGCGCUGCGGGUGCUUCGCGGGUUCAAGUCGCAGCGAAUAUCGGUUCGCGAGGUUGAGCGCGCGCGGAUGACGCUCCUGACGCGCCACGAGACUGAGCUCAAGACGAACGCGUACUGGGUCGACUUGAUGCAGUACACCGCCCUGGGCGACGUGCUCGCCCCCGCCAAGGAUGUCAGCUGCAUCAGCGACUUGCCGGCUAUGUACGAGGCUGCCACCGUGGACGACCUCUACGAGGUGUACGCUCAGCUUGGCCUCGGCGACGGCGAGAUCUUCACGUGCGUCACGGUGGCGGGCGAUACGGAUCCCGCCAUCGCGAGGAAGAAGGCGGAGGAGGACGCGGCCAAGAGCGCGGCUCAGGCGAUGGCGAACGCGUUGGGGGGUGCGGGUGGCGCGGGCUCGGUUGACCCUAGCGCCGCGGCUGCGGCGGCGAUGGAGGCGAUGCGUCAGGCGAUGGCGGCCAACGCGGGGUUCGCCACGGAGGCGCUCAAGGCGAUGAAGGGACCCAAGAAGGAUGACGGGAUCGACAGGGUUUAGCUCCUACGAGGGCGAAUCCUGACGGACCAAACUGACGUCACGCGGCGCGAGUAAUAUGAUUUUUUCAACUUUCCGAAGGCUUGACUU